GGAUAUUUUUUUUGAUGAUUUGCUGUUUCCUAGGGAACGUGGGGAAGGAGAGGACGCGGACAGGACCUUCAGGGGAUAUAUUUUGAUAAUUUGCUGUUUCCUAGGUAAUAAAGGAAAACAGAGGACUCGGGACAGGACCGUGAGUUUAUAUUUUUGAUGAUUUGCUGUUUUUUUGGUUAAAAUUUGUGCAAAAUUCCUUUUUUUGCCCCAACUUUUUUCGCAAAGAAGUAGGCAUAUUAAAUUCUGAGUGAAAGUAGUCUGUGAGUCCAGAAACUGAAUGUGUGUACAUGUGCCUUGGAGCUGGGAGUCAGAUGGAGAACCACACACACACACUGCCAUCCCUUUCCCCCAUCCAUUCCUCCACAAACCCUUCUAAAGCACCUUCCCUUUCUCAAUCUCUUCCCCAGUCCUAUGCUACAGUACCUGCCUCGAUUCAACUCUCUCCACCUUCUCUGCCCCAGUCCUCUUCUUCUCUCCUCCUUCAGUCAUCAGGAGGGCUUAAGUCACACUGCCUCAGUCUCUCAACUUCAUCAGAUCAGAAUGACUUGACCUGCCUCAACUGGCUGCAUCAAAGAAACAUACUGCCUCUGUCCAAAAUGCCCCCACUGCCUCAAUUUGAAAUGCCCCCUAUCUCAAAUCUACCAUCUUCCCCAGGCAAGCCUCCAUACUCUUUCAGCAGUCUCAUCUUUAUGGCCAUUGAAGACGCACCAGAAAAAAGGCUUCCUGUAAGAGGGAUCUAUGAGUGGAUAGUCAACAACUUUCCCUACUACAGGACAGCCCCAAGUGGCUGGAGAAAUUCGGUGCGACAUAACCUGUCCCUGAGCAAGAGCUUUUGCAAGAUACAGAGGGACAAGGGUCAAUCCAUUGGAAAGGGGUCACUGUGGUGUGUUUGCCCAGAAUAUCGGCCCGCUCUUUUAGAGAUGCUCAAGAAAACCCAUUACUUUCACAGCAAUGACAGCAGUUUGCUGAAUAAUUCUGUUUUGUUGGAGGCUGUUGAUAAUGGCCAGACUGCUAUAUGUGACACUAUAGCAAUUUCAGACUUAGACUCAGAUAACCCAACCCUGUCCUCAAGUGCACCAUGCUCUUUGAUCCCAGAGCAUGAGGAGCUGGUGGCCAUACAGUCUGUAGAGCUUACAGAAGAGGCUGAGUCGGAGAAAGACCCACUGGGAGACAGCGGCUACAUCGAAUUCCACUAUUAUCAGUGUGAACGAUACCAAUACCUGGUGCUGCCUGGGAACAGUGACCUGGACCUGGAAACAGUUGAGAUCCUCCAACUUGAUGCAGAGGCACAAGAAGCUGCAGGAUCGCUGCUUGAUUUAGCAGGAGGAAACCACUGAUACUCUGAUACAUAUUCAUGUAUAAAGCCAUACAGGUCAUGUAUAGAGUAUGUAUUAUACAUUUUCCAGAGUGGAAAAUUGUGCUGGAAUGAGAUUAAAAGAAGGGGGGGGGGGGGGCUUUUUAUGUACAGCUUUCAUGCAUUGCAGUUUUGCACAAUUUGUGCAAAAACAAACAAACAAAAGAAAUCUGACAUUCGAUAGGCAACUGAACUAUACCAGUCUUGGACUUAUUCUUAAACUAGGAUAGACACUUGCCACCCAGAAUUAAGAAUUUAAAGCACAAACCACUUUUAAAACAAACAAUACCGUGGUUGAUAAACACAUUUAUCAGGCAGCACUUUUUAUAGCCAGAUAAGAUGUAUACUAUGAAGAUAUAGUUUAAUAAUAUAAGCACUGGGUUGCAAGUUUAUUAAGUACACCUUCCUUGUUGCUAUGCUUAUUACUAGGUAACCGUAUCAUUAAGGUCACAGGUGUACAGUUACUGGUGUAGCAGAAAGUGACCAUCACAUGACCAUUGCUGACCAGAUAUAAUUUAAAAGAGGGACCAUUUUCAGAACUUGUCCAAAUAAUAUCUAAUUAAUUAUGGUCUUAACAUGCUCCUUUUUCCAAUAAUGAAUUGGAAAGACAGCAACUAACAAACUGAAAGGUUUCCAUUGAUAGCUAUCAGUUUGACUGCCAUUGGAUAACUGCACUUACAUGCUGGGUGUACCUAAUAAACUUUUAAGUAUAAGAAUGAAUAUUCUUUUUUCAAAGGUGUAAAUUACAUUAAUGAUAUGGAAAACUGCCAGCUAAAAAGCCUUGUAAAUAGGUUGUGCAUCCACAGUGUAAUAUUCUUUUUUCCACUGUUUAUUAUUAACACUGUAAUGUCAAUGUGUUUUAAAAGUUCCACUUUCUGUCAUAAUUAGUGCACCAUAUUUUAUUCUGUUCAUUUAAAUAGGUUAAUUUGUUUAGUGGAAUGAUUAGUAACUUUAAUCAAAAUGCCUCCAGCCUUUCUUUUUAUGUAAGGCACUUGUCAAUAAACGUCUGCAGUGAUUACCUUU